UGGCGAAUCUGCGGCUCCGGAGCGCUUCAGCGUCGCUUCGCUCCCAUUGUGGCCGCAGAGGUCGCGUGUUUCCCGGCGCGUGCAGCAGGACGUCGGCGGGGGGAGAUGUUGGCACUGCGGUGCAUCAUGGGUGAUCUCCGUGGAGGAGGACGCCUCCUGAGGAACCUCCACAGGACGCCGGUGUGUCCAGAGGGGCGGCAGGUCCAGCUGAGCAGGUCCCGCCCUCAGAGGACGCACACCCGGCUCCUGUCUGGCGGUCCGGGCUCGUCGGGCGCCAGACUGAAGCUGAGGGUGCGGCUGGCGGUCACGCUGCUGUUCGGCAGCGGGCUGAUCGGCGCGUGGUGGUACGUCUACACGGAGAAGCAGCAGAAGCUGCAGCGGCAGCGCCUGGAGCAGCUGCGGCAGGUGGCGCUGGGCCAGGGCACCUUCAGCCUGCUGGACCACCGGGGGCGGCGGCGCACCAAGCAGGACUUCCUGGGCCGCUGGGUGCUGCUGUACUUCGGCUUCACGCACUGUCCCGACAUCUGCCCCGACGAGCUGGACAAGAUGAGCGCCGUGGUGGCGGCGCUGGACGGCGACGCCUCGCUGCCGCCGGUGCAGCCGCUCUUCAUCACCGUGGACCCGGAGAGGGACGACGUGCCGGCGCUCGCCCGCUACGUCAAGGACUUCCACCCCCGCCUCGUCGGGCUGACGGGGACGCCCGAGGAGGUGAAACACGCGGGGCGGGACUACAGGGUGUACGCCAACCCCGGGCCGAAGGACGAGGACGGGGACUACAUCGUGGACCACACCAUCCUGAUCUACCUGGUCAGUCCCGACGGACUCUUCCUGGAUUACUACAACCGCAUGAAGAGCCAGGAGCAGAUCGUGGAGAGCGUCCGGAACCACAUCAAGAACCACGUGGCGCUGAACCAGAGCCGCGCCGCGGUCUGACCCAGAACCGGCUCCGGAACGCCGCUGGAGUGUUUCUCUGUGAAAUGAACUGAUGAAUAAAUGAAAA